AUGAGCACAACCAAAGAGGCCAGCGUCAGAGUCGGCAUCGCCAACACGGAAGAGGACAUAGAAAUGUCGAAGCCAGACACCCUUGAUGCCAACGAUUUCGUCAUCGGCAGCAUCCAGCCCGAAUACAGCGACGCGUACAUGCGGCGCCUUCGCUGGAAAAUCGACCUCUUCCUCCUUCCGCUCAUGUGGUUCUGCUACGGCACCCAACAAGCCGACAAGACCUCUAUAUCUGUGCAGGCUGUCUUUGGGAUCCGCGAAGACACCCAUCUCAAACUGCACACGGGGAAGUUCCUAUCCGUUGUCAUUGUCCUCUGGGGCAUGAUUGUGCUAUGCGUCGCGUUUGCGAAGAACUGGGCGCAUCUCAUGGUCUUGCGGACAUUACAGGGGGCGCUGGAGUGCACGAUCAGCCCGACAUUCAUGUUGCUGACAGGGAGUUGGUAUACGAGUCGGGAGCAUACGCUGCGCUCGCUCAUCUGGGGAACGAGUAACGCAGGAAUCUCCUUCUUCCUCGGCGGCCUCACAAUCUUCUGCGGGAUCAUGGUCUGGUUCAUCCUCGGUACGCCUCGCGAGGUGCGCUGGCUCUCUGAAGAAGAGAAAAAUGCGGCCAUUGUCCGUGUGAUGACCAACCAGACGGGCUCAGACCGCGAGAAGCGCUCCGAGUUCAGAUGGGAGCAGGUAUGGUCUGCCUUUAGAGAUCCCUUGACGGACUUUUUCUUUUUCGUGACGAUUGUUAAUGCCCUGCCCAAUGGGCGAACACGACAUUCUCGAAACUCAUCUGGAAGUCUUUUGGGUUCUCGUCUCUUGAGACGCUGCUCAAGGGCUCAACGCCGUACUACGCCGUCAGCAUUGUGUGAUUCCUCAUUGUUGGUUUUCAUGAUGAUGGGCUCCCUCGUCCCAGCUUUUGUUGGCGUGAUCGCCCUUUCCCAGCUCCCGACAGAUAGCAUGCAAUGGACAAGAUGGGGGAUGUACAUCAUGCAGGUGUUUGGCACCUUGCCUGGCUUGAUGAUAUGGACCUUCCUUCCCUCCAACGUUGCUGGCCGGACUAAGAAAACUGUCAUCUCAACGGUCCUCUUUAUCGCCUAUUGUGUUGGCAAAGCCGUUGGUGCGCAGAUGAUGGUUCCAUCGGAUGCACCAAAGUAUACCCGCGGCAUCACGGCGUGCGGGGUGUUGACCUAUUGUCCAGAAGACAACCCAAAAGAAUUCAAGAAGUUUAAGAUAGAAAGUCAUACUUGUAAGAGACGUGUCCAGGCAAGCAUUUCCAACUCGGCCAAAAAGGUCACUAUGAUCAGACCCCGUAGCCUGAUUUGCCUUGAUUGCACCUAUAACUGGCCCGCUGUUACAAUAGCUGCCUAA